AUGGCAGACGAAAUGGAGGCCCCUCGCCUCGAGGAUUGGGAGAUCCUCCAAGCCAAGAUCUUUACAAAGUGGUGCAACCAAAAGCUCAUGUCCCGCCACUUUCCUACCAUCUCCGACAUUCGCACUGACCUGGGCAAGGACAACAACCUAUGCCCACCCCCGCUUCAGAAACCCGACAAGCAAUACUCAUCCUCCUCUCGAUCCAUGCACUCCCCCCUUCCCCGCCGACUCAACCGCAGCGCCAAUCUGAUGUAUGCCCUGACCGAGGCCGAGGUGCCAGAGGAAAAGACAAAGCCCCGCAAGAUGCCCCUGGUCAAGGCUCAGGUCCUGGAGAACAUUGACAAGAACCUCAAGAUGGUCAUGUCCCUGGUUUGGGCCAUCAUGAUGCGCUUCAUGCGCUUUGACGAUGACGACGAUGGCGAACAGCUCAGCGCCAAGGAUGCCCUCCUUAAAUGGCUGCAGUUUCACCUCAAAGACUACAGCCAGGUGUCCAUCCAAAACCUCACAAAGUCGUUUCACGACGGCCUGGCCUUUUGCUGCCUCAUUCACAAGUUCAAACCCAACGACAUUGAUGUGGCCAGCCUCGACCCCGCCAACAAGCAGGAAAACCUCCAACUGGCCAUGGACAAGGCCGAGCAGCUGUUUGAUAUUGAAAAGUAUCUGACACCAGCUGACAUUCCCAAACUCAGCGACAAAGCCAUGCUUGUGUACAUUUCCGAGUACUACUACCAGAUUAACGAGCAAGCCAAGCGCGAUCUGGCCGCCAAGCGCAUUGCCAAGCUGAUCCGCUUCACCCGCGAGAACGAUGCCGCCCGUGCCAAGUACAUGGCCGAUGGCGCCCAGCUCUUGCAGCAUAUUGAGCACGCCGAACAGCUCCUCGAUGGCAUUGACGUCAUUACAAACACUAUGGCCGGUGCCGUCAAGCAUUUGGAAGACUUUGCCACAUACAAGACUGCGGAGAAGAAAGCCAUCACCUCCUUGCACCUUGAGAUGGAGAAUAACUUCAAGACCCUCGCGCUUCGCUUGAGCAACCACAACCGCCCGGCCUUCAAGCCCGCUGAUGCACAGCUGGAGCCCGAGGCGCUCAGCAAGCGCAUUGCCGCCCUUCAGGCCAAGGAAGUGGUCGAGCCACUGCUGCACGCUGAGCACAAUCGCCAGAUCAAGCUCAAGCAUCUUGAUCAGCGCCACGAUACCCAAGCCAAGAAGCUCCGCGCCUGGAUUGCCAGCAAGCAGACCUGGAUCAGUGGCGACUUUCAAGUCAGCAGCAGCGGCCAUGCACAGCAGCUGCUAGCCAACUUUGCUGCUUUUCAAAAGGAGAGCGCAACCAUGCAAUCGGGUGAUCUGCAAGAGCUGAUUGGCGUCGGCCGGACCCUGGAAAGCGAAAAGUACGAGCACAUUGCGGCCGUGCAGGAGCGCGAGACCUCCCUUCGCACUGGAUUUACCAACCUGGACCAAGCUGGCGAAGAAAAGAAACCCAUCUUCGAAGACCACCUGCAACGCGAGCUGUUCAAGGAAAAGACGGAGUUGGACGUCAAGGUGCACUCGGAGAUUGCCAAGACGAUCGAGGCCUUUGUCUCUGAGAAACUUGCUUACCUAGGCAAGAAGGAGCAAGUGCAAUCAGUCAAUGACGCAUAUCAGCAGUUGAGCAUUCUCGAAGCCUGCAAGCAGGAAAUCGAUGACAACGAAAGUGGUAAUCAGCAGCGCCUCUGCGAUCUGGGUGCCAGCAUCCGAGGGGCAAAGUACGAGACACAGUACUCUUCAUGGGUCUACGGUCAGCCCGCCGAGGUGGAAGGUUUGGAAAACAAGGCCAAGUCUAGCACCAACGAAAUGCGUGCCAAGGCUGAAGCCAAACGGCUCGUUUUGGAGGACGACCUCGCCCGUGAACAGUUUCGCGAGAAGAUUGAGCUCAUGGCGGAUCAACACACAAGCCAAUACCAGUACCUUCAGUCGUGGGCUGGCGAAAAGCAGACGUACAUUGACACCAAAGAGGCCAUUGAGUCCUCCCAGGCUGCCAAAUACCAGACCUUCUCGCUCACCACCCCCUCGCUUUCUGCCCGUGCACGCGACCCCCAUCAGCUGUCGCGCCUGGCCCUGUUCCGCAAAGAGCUGGACGACAUGACCACCGGGGCCCUGCAAUCACUCAAGGCCCUGGGACAGGAAGUCGUAUCGGCCAACUAUCAGACAGAAUACUCAAGCUGGAAGUACGCCAAGCCCGAUGAGGUGCAACAGCAAGAGGCGGCCCUCGAUACGGCUUGGGCGGCCCUGCAGAAGGGACACGACAGCAAGGACGAGGUCUUGCGCGAUGACCUGGAACGCAUGCUGUACGCGGAGCACACUCGCCUGCUGGCCUCGCAACACGAGGACAAGUUCAACCUGUGCCAGUCCCACGCCGCGACCAAGAAGCAACAGCUCUCCGAGUCCAUUGUGGUCAACAGCAUUGCGGAUGCCCAGCUCCUCUUGAGCCAGUUGGCCUCGCUUGACAAGGAGCGCGAGACACUCGCCGCCUCCGUCGUGGCCUCGCUGAAGAGCUUGGGCAGCAACAUUCUCGGUCGCCAGUACCAAACUGCUCUCAGCUCGUACCAGUAUGAGUCGCCCCAGGCCAUCAAGGACCGCGAAACCUCUGUGGAUCAGACUUACGCCGAACUCGUGCAACUCGUGUCCUCUCGCCGUGCAACCCUGGACGAGCUGCUAGCCAAGGAGCAACGCAAAGAGGAGCUGCGUUUGGAGUUUGCCAACCUGGCGGCCGACUUCUUGCGCUUCACGCAAGACAAGAUUGACAGCAUUGGCAGUGCUGAAGAACAGCGCACCUUCUUUGGCAUCACCCUGGCCGACGUGGAGGCGUACCAGGCGACGCUGACGUCCGAGGACGAGGGCAUCACCACAAGCGUUGAAGCCAAACAGACGGCUUACACUGGCAUCAAGACUGAAAUGGACGGCCUGGGCGUGACGGAAAAUGUCUACACCUCAACCACGCCUGCAGACCUGGCGGCAGCCCGUGAUCGCCUGACCGCUGCGCAAACCAGCCGGCGCGAGUUUUACGAGGCAGAGCUGGCCCGCCACCGGGACAACGAUGCGGCUUGCCGGGCCUUUGCGGACGUCAUUGGGCCUGCUGCCGCGGCGCUGAAGGAGGCCAUGGUGCGCGCCCUGGACACGACCCCCAGCGAGGAGGAGCAGCUCAAGACCAUCAACGAAGCCAUGGCCAGCAAGGAAAGCCUGCAGCCGGACCUUGGGGCCCUGACGGCCAUGGACAAGGACAUUCGUGCGCGGGGCGUCGGCAUCAACCCCCAUACAGCUGUGUCGGUCGACGAUGUGCAGUCGGCCUGGGACAACUACCAGCAGGUGUUGGCCCAACGCCAGCCCUACCUGGACAACGUUGUGCAAUACAAGCGUUACCGCGGCAUUGCCCCUGAGCAGUAUGAGGAGAUGGAGGCCAUUUUCAAGACUUAUGACAAGGACAACUCUGGCAACAUCAACGAGAAGGAGAUGCGCAGCUGCCUCUUUUCCCUUGGCGAGGAGCGUACCAAGAAAGAGGUGGCGCAAUACAUGCAAGAGUUUGGCACCAACGGCGUGCUGAACUUUGAGCCCUUCCGAGAGCUCAUGAUCCGCCUGCUUGGCGAUGCGGGUACUGCGGAUGGUGUCAAAGAGUCUUUCCAGCUCCUGGCCCAAGGCCUGCCCGAAAUUCCGGUCGCCAAUCUGCAAAAGGUCCUCGAAGCCCAAUACGUCGAGUAUCUCCAAGCCAACGCGCAAAUGGGAGAAGAGGGCCAAGGCCUUGAUUACAAGUCGUGGAUCGCAGACGUGUUCAGCCGCUAAGCUGGCUCUGCCAACCUUGAUGUUGCUCUUUUAACACAUGCAAAAUUGGCCGAACAUUGAAUCAUGUCGCACCCUUGACUGUUGUUUUCGUUCGUUUGCCCACUUUACCUUUUUGAUAUCUCAUCUAGUGGGGCUUCUGACCAGUUGACUGUGCUAAAUUCAAGAUUUGACAAC